GAGUCUCUCGUUGAUACUCGUGAGAGAUCACAGUGAAGUAAAUUGAGGAGAGUUGCAGACUUUUUUUUCUCUCUCUAUAUAAGGUUGUUGGGGACUGCAUUUUCAUUUACAAAAGCCUCGUGAGCUAUUUCAUUCACCAGGACAGCUACAUCUUGAUGCGAAUUUCGAGUAACAAUUGGCUAUAGAAAAUUUGUUACCAUUCACAAACAAAGACCUAGUCGUCAACAAUGAAAAUCUUUAUAUUGUAGCAAUUGACAGCCUCCGCAAAUGUAUUAGUGUCACGGAUUUUUCCCUCAAACAAAGAGGACUUGACUAUCCAGGAAUCCAAGAACUUAUUAUUAUAAGAAAUAAAUCAUAAUGUAGUGAGUAACUUUUAUUCUCCACCCCAUUUUAUUUUUAUUUUUGUGAUCGAUAUAUAACAUCCGUAACAAUGGUACGCCAAUUCCGUGUACAUGUACCAGCUGUUCAUGUGCAGCCAACUUUCCAUCUGAUCGAAGCAGAGAUCCUGGAUCUUUCAUAUCAAGCACUGGUUUUACAGGUUGAUGGCACCGUGAGACUGGAUAAAACGGCAAUAAACCCUGCCGCCUGGAGAGGUCGUGCAGGUGCUGAAUUAGUGGGCGGUCCAAAUGGCAUCCCCCCUGGUCGUAUAAGAAAUAAAUUGGCAGCGCUACCAACCGGCCCUCAGUUAAGAAAUAGCUGCACAAUGUCUUUUUCUGGUCAAUUAGGAACGUUUGGAACCCCUGGAGCAAUGCCGCUUAUGAUACUAGCUGUUCGAGUGGAUGAUCCUAAUGAUGGCACACUUCAACCCCCUCCACUCGGACUGGCAAUUGGAAAGGCAAAUCAUGAUUACUUUUUAAGGAAAGGAAUUUCCCAUAUAAUGUCCCGUGCAAUGAAUAUUAGGAGAGGUAUCCCCAACAAUUAUGACCCCAACGAUGAGGAACAAGUAAAUGAAAACAAAUGGCGAUCCGAACCGCCUGUAUCUAUUGCGUUCCCUCUGAUAGGAUGUAGAACAGGGUAUGGGUUUAUUAAUGCAGCCGAAAAUAUUCUGAGCGCAAUCAUUGGGUGGUACAGAGAUCCACAAUACAACGGACUGUUUGGCAAUGCUGCAAUGCGCGCUCUCAGCAUUCCAGAUAUAUAUCUCGUCGUUCCUCCAAGAACACCUUUAAACGUACGUCGUCUCAAGCCUGCAUUGAUUCGAUCUGCCUGGGAAAAGGCAUGGAACCGAUAUAUGCCACCACCUCCGCCUGCUGCUGGUGCUCCACCCGCAAAUUUGUCUAGAGAGGCCAAUGGAAACCAGUCUGAUCAAAAUCGACAACACACAACUACAUAUUGGGCACCAAAUCUUGGUAAUGUUUUAUUAGUUGAUGGUGUGGAUGAUGUAGCAGGAGGGUUUCCACUCAACCUUACCCCAUGGGUACGAGAGAAUAUCACUGAUGCCUGGAUCAGACGUAAUUGUAAAGUAUUUAGAGGAGGUAGAAUAAGGAGAGUGACUGUGAUUUGAAUUUGAUAUAAAUUUAACGGGGAAGGGAGGAAGGAAGAGUGUAGACUAGAGGGAGUUGCUGAAUUAUCAUUUACUUAGAGAACAGAGCUUCAAUCUUUGCGAAAUUCUAAUCUCUAGAGGUCCAGAAUGCCCAUUUUACCCAUGACUUAUAAUAAGAAUGAAAGGAUUUCACUUGAGGGUGAUUUGUACCAAGGGCAAGGAAGAAAAUACCACGAGAAAGAAGUAUCA